AUGUACUCUCAGGCGAGUGAGGAGGAUCUUAGUAAGAGCCUUUACUUAAUUGCUAAAACAUCAGGCGCCUUGAAGAAUCCCGUGCCCUGUUCGAGCCACUCGUCUCCAGCCUGCCUGAACAGAGUGCUGGAUGCCAUCAGAUCACCUGCCAACAUCAUGAAGCUUCUACUGUGUACCUUUGUCGUGGUGCUUCUGUGCACUGCCUCAGUCCAUUCCUUGCAAUGCUACACGUGUGUAGAUGGGAACUGCAAAACUCCCACUGACUGUCCAUCAUCAAGCAACUUCUGCAAAACAGUGUCAACACCUAACGAGUUGUCUCGGACAUGUGAGGAGUUCUGUGUGCCAGGAGUGAACGUCCACUGCUGUCAGGGGGAUCUGUGUGGCUGAUGACCCGCCCAUCAUAACACUGCAGCUUUUGCAGAAUGAAGCACAUAAUCACAAUUUAAUCAACAAAGAAUCUGUAUUCUGUAAUCUCUUAUCUUUUAUUAAAUAACAUGUUAAUUCAGAAAUAAAACUUGUAAACUGA